AUAUUUCAUCAAUUUGCUUGAGUAGGCAAUAAAGGUGGUAAUUUGACAUUCUAGCUAAUUAACAAGAUUGGGGGAUCUUAGGUCAUCAGAUUGUCAGAAAAUCAGGGGGAGCCAAGAUCACGGGCCAACAGGUGGUAAAAUAAAAAAUUAAAAAAAAAAAUCACCAAACAAUUUGUUACCCAAACUUUGUCCCUUUGCUCAACAUUGCCAACCUGUAUUUUCUCAUCAUCAUUCACUUUCUACUAGCCAUGUGGCAGAUGGACCCUACCUAAAACUUCUAGUCAUACAAUCCUUUAAAAGCACCAAAUCAUAUAACAUUUCCACCCAAAAGCUCCUCCACCUUAAAACCCCACUUCCUCUUUUUCUUUUCUUAGCCCAAAAAAAAAAACAAAAAAUCCUUUCAUUUUCACAAAAUAUAUACCACUCUCUUACUAAGUUAUAACUUUCAUCAUUAGAAAAAUGGCCUCUUUUUGUUUACACUUAUUGCUCAUCAUGAUCUUCUUAGCCUCCCCUUUGCUUUCUUUACCUUCUUCUCAGCCUAAUCCUAAAGCUUCUAGUUCUUCCAGUAACACUAUCUCUGCUUCACCAGUAUCAGCAUUAUCUUCAAAUCCUCAACCAACUCCAUCAUCUGCUUACCAAGAACUCUCUCCUGACAUUUCUCCACUUUUGCCUAAAUCUGGUGCUGUGCUUCCAACUCCAAUUGGAUCCUCUAUACCCACUAUUCCUUCCAACCUUAGUCCUCCAAAUCCAGACGAUUUGGUUGCUUCUGGUCCUUUUUCUGCUCUUGCACCAUUUGGGUCUAUGCCAAUUUCUUCAUCACCAACUAUUAACUUGGUUCGAUCUUCAAACUUUGCUGGUUUUGCAGCUUUAGCAGCUUUUGGAUUUAUCCAUCUUCCUAGGAUUUGAAUUUUGCUUUUGUGGGUUUAAAGAUUCAAUUAUAUUGUUGUAAGUUCUACUUCUUGUUUCCUUUUUCUUUUUAUCUUCCAUUCUUCAUAGAAAGUAUAUGUAAUUAAUUGCCAAUAAUAUAAAGAACUUUUUGUACUUACAAAGUAUGUAAUUCCUAAGUGUUUGAGAACUUUAUUUUUUUUCUUUUUACUUUUUUUAAAAUUAUUUUUCUUGUUUAUAAAUAUGCAUUAAAUAGCUAAGUUGUUCUUGGCGGUCAUCGACUGUGCUUUUCUUGUGACUUUCAAAUUUCCUGCUCCAAGUUUGCAUGUCACAUGAGAUCACACGUGGUUAUCAUUUGAAGUGCAUGUGACACACAGCCAAUGUUUAUGUCUCUAUUGAAUUAGAUAUGUCUUAGAUGGAAAAAACCAGGCACAUGUUCCUAAAAAUAAACUUUGGUUUUUAAGUGGUAUAUUAGGUAAACCUGCUUGUCUGUUUCCACCGUUGGAAUCUUUUUCUUUUUCUUUUUUAUUUUUUUAUUUUUUUUUUCUAUUCUUAGUGCAAAAAUUCAAGUAAAUUUUGGCACUGCAAAAAGGAUUAAAUUGAUCAUCAAAAAGGAACGGGGAACUAUUUUCAAAUUUUUAAUUACUUUCAAUUGAUUACACAGUUAUUUUUGAAAUUAAAAACAUUGUAAUAUUUAAAUAUGAAUAAAAUUUCAUAACUUGAAGUAAAAUAUUCAAUUGAUUUAGUUAAAAACUUUACAUAAUGUCAGCUUCGAAGGGUAAGGCUAGGCAGUUGCCAACUAAUACGAUUUAAGUCUCUUUUCCGUAAUUGUUUAGAGAUUUUUAGAUUCCAUGUACCAACAAUUGGAUUUAAUACCACACUCUUUCUAUGCUUCACUUAUUCAUGAAAUUUUGAUCAAAGAUUAUAUCUAUCUCUAAACUACUGCUAUAAGUUUUCAUUUUCAUUUUUUUUUCUUUUUAAAUGCUUGCACAUAUGUUGCAUUUCAUAAAAUUUAAGGCACUCCUCUUCUGCCUUCUUUCCUUGUAUAUUUGUUAACUUAUUUUUUUCCAACAAGGUCAUGAGGGAAAACGCCCAACUUUACCAAGUUUAACCCAAGCCCAAUCUAGAUGAUGCUAUAGAUCUACAAAAAAAUAUUUGGAAGUAGAAGUGAAACAACAUGAUAACAAUUUUUUAAAUUUUUCCGAAUUUUAAACAAGCUUGGUCCAAGAAAAUAUGUUAUCAGAACAUAGCAAAUGCAAAUGACACCAUUUUUGGAAAAGCUUCCUAGCAUUACCUUAAAUAUUAAGAAUAAAUAAGAACAAGGAAAUUUUUUGUCACAUAAUAGAGGCAUGUGAGUUCCAUGACAAGCUUUAAUUUCGAAAACCAACAAAGGAAAAAAAAAAAAGUAAAAUAAAUGGCCAAAAAAGAGAGAGAGAGAGAGAGAGAGAGAGAGGGACAAGAAAACGAAAAACGAUCUCAAAGAAA